GCGCAAUAUCCGUGAGCGCGGUGCAGUCUGGGAGUUUUGCUGCACAGGAUUGGCGUAACUCUGAUCACUUGAAAUGGACGUGUUUUUAAUGAUCCGACGUCACAAGACGACAAUCUUCACAGAUGCCAAGGAAUCCACCACUGUGUAUGAGCUGAAGCGAAUUGUUGAAGGAAUACUUAAGAGACCACCUGAGGACCAGCGACUUUACAAAGAUGAUCAGUUACUAGAAGACAGUAAAACACUGGGGGACUGCGGGUUUACCAGCCAGACUGCCAGACCUCAAGCACCAGCUACAGUCAGUCUGGCCUUCCGUGUAAAUGAUGAAAUGUUCGAGCAGCUGCACGUCGAGGCCUUCUCCAGCCCCCCCGAACUCCCCGAUGUAAUGAAGCCGCAGGACUCUGGUAGCACCGCCAAUGAGCAGGUGGUGCAGUGAUAGCAGCCGGAGGGGGAGAGGAGACUAGCAAAGAGGGAAGGAUGGGAGUGGGUGUGUGUGGAUUAGCUGCAGAGAAGUAGCACAGUGGUGGAUAAUAUGUAAUAUAAUUUGAAUUUGAUGGACAGGGACAAUAUAGGUGAUGAAUCCUAUUUAUGUUACUUAUGAUAUCAGCAUCCCCUCCUGACUCUCCACUGUCACUACUUCAGACAUAGCUUUUCUUUAAACUGGUUUUCACAUCACAUGCAGUCCAGCCUUGAUUUUACUCCCGACGCACCAACUGGCUCUGAUUUCUGAGUGAGGAAGUUGGUUUGGAUAGUAGGAGUGUGUGUAAAUGUGUGUAUUUGAGUUGUUUUAAUUCAUAGUCACUGGCAUUUUUGAAAAGAGGUGGCGUCGCAGUAGUGUUUCGCAGUGCUUUUCUAGUAAGACGACUGGGUCAGAGUUCAGUAUUUGAAUUGGUGAACUGCAUGAACAAUUUCAAAACAAAAGUUUUUUUGUCCCCCCCCCCCCACAGAAACGGACAAUACGUUUACUUGGUGUGAAUCGCAAUAUUUUUGAUGUACAUUGCUGAUUUGAUUUCAUAUCUGGAAAUAACUUUUUUUGUUGUUUUUUUUGGUCGUUUGUUUGUUCUUGUCUUAUCUUAUUUGUCUGUCUUGUUGUGUUUCAUGCACUGAGACCGAAUGCGAGGAACCUCUUGAACAGUACGGCGGUGUUUUUGGUUGGAGCACAUUUUGUCUGUCACAAAAAGUAAACACCAGAGAACCUUUCCUGUGUUCUGCUUUGAUUUUGUAAACGCCUACAUCAUGCCAUCAACAUUAUUGUGGUACAGACACACAGACGUAGUUUAUUUCUGUGAUCUCGCAUCAAGAAUAAAAGAGUUUUGCUGUU